GGAAGUAUACACGAAUGACCAUUUCCUAUAGGUGCCCAGAAGAGGCGAUCGUGCGGAGCAUAGGAUAGUGCUGGACCGAUGGUAGCGUCAUCGGCAUCGAGAAGGGCUGCUAUUAUUGCGCGUCCAUGCCUCCAGAGCAGGGCGGCAUCCGACUGCCUCCUUGAACGAGUCACUUCCCUAGCACCAGUCCAGAUGUUCGCCGCGUUGAAGGAACUCUGUCUUCGUUGACUGUGCCUUUCCCAAGAGAAAGUUGAACGCCGUGUGAUGGUGGUUCAAAGCUGGUGACUGCUCCCUCACAGCAGUGAACAGAUCGGAAGAUUGAAGGGUGGCGCUACACGGCCGUUCUUGGUACUUACCUUGUAAUAAGCAGCAACCAACAGCCGACAAAAAUGCAUCCGACAGUGAGUCUAGUCAUGGCCUUAGCCAUCGUGGACCGGACGUGGUUCAACUCACCAUUCGUCUGCGGAGAAGAGACGUCAACGAAAAGCCUGGAAGCAGAAUUGACGAAUGUUGGCGGCAUGCUCAUGAAGAAGCUGAUGCCAGUGGCCUCGGAGCUCGCCACCAGCCCCGAGCUGAGCACUGCGUGCGCUGGCAGCCUAUUCAAGGUGCUCAAGGCUACGAAAACCAGAGAGCCAUGGGUGAUAAGAAUGAUCCUGGCUAAUGGAAUACUUCCGAACAACCUCCUCGAGGGAAGUCUCAUCAGCCUUGGAGGCUACGAACAGUGCCUCAAGACCAGGGUGUUCAACUCGCAAGGCGAGUUAACAGACAGGGGACAGUAUUGCAGCCUCUUCGUCUACCCACCCUGGUCACUCCUCGAGACUCUCGUGGAAAAGUUUCAGGCUGUUGGCGAAUUUUCAGGCAGGUUGAACCCCCUCACGAUCACCACGAAUGAAAAGAUAGGAAGGAAAGCGUUGCGUAUUGGACUGUGUACGCUCGAUGCUUGCUCCGAGGAAGAAGUCAACUUCCUAGCUGCUGGAGUUUUCCAGCAAUACGGCGCAAACACAACGGUUACCGGCUGCCGAACAGACAAACCACCGCAGCUGACGAAACUUCAGUAUGCUUCAAUAUAUUACUUGAGCGUCCUUGGACUUCUCGUUCUUCUAGGAACGCUUAUUGAAUGGCUCGUGCUGAAGCUCCCGGCACCGGACAUGGAAGCCAGUCUGUUACGCAUCUGGGGGCCAUUCAAAGUGUUCAUGUACUUCUCUGCAAUCAGCAACACAAAACGCCUUCUGAAGACCACAGCAAGAAAAGACAAUGAAAACCUGGUCUUUAUCAGCGGUUUCAAGAUAUUCCUCAUUUUCUGGGUUAUCUACGCACAUUGCUACGUCUUGAUACAGCCAGAGUUUGUGCGGAGCCCGUUUGUCUUCGUAGACCUGUCAGGGAAAGUUAUGUUUCAAUUGAUGCUCAAUGGUCUCCUCAGUGUGUCCACGUUUCUGUUCUUAAGCGGAUUUGUGAUGUCAUACUUAUUGCUCCAGUCCCGCGCACUAAUUCGCAAGCAAAAUCCGAUAGCUGUGUACAUCAUAGCCGCCGUUCGGCGGUAUAUCAGGCUGAUGCUGCCCAUCGUGUCUGUGGUGAUGGCAUGCUUCCUUCUGCCGCACUUUGCGGAUGGCCCUGCAAACCACGAACUCUUACAGCAGCAGGUGGACGGGUGCAUCAACCGUUGGUGGGCGGUGUUGCUCAGCUUCAACAACUUCUACCCCGUCGACAAGAUGUGCAUGAUUCACCUGUGGUAUGUGAGCACCGAUGUUCAAAUAUUUCUCGUGAUAGCAUUUCCCCUCACCAUCCUUUUUGUCUGGCACCCCAAGUUCGCCUUUUUGGUGUCAUGCGUUGUUUCUCUAGCAUUCUGCAUUUUGGUAUCGCUACAAACUCACUUUUGGCACCUGCUUUACUCCGCGACGACAGCCUCCAAUGACAUGGUGCGCCUUGUAGAAACUAUCGAGCUGGUCUACUUCCGACCCUUCACACAUGUUGCGACGUACGUUCUUGGUGUCGUUACCGGAUACUUGGCGUUACAGUACGGGAACGUGAAAAUUGGCCUGGUUAUGCAGCUAGCUCAGUGGAUCAUAUCACUGGCACUCACCGGCUUCGUGCUGUUCAUCACCCUGCCAUGGAAUCGAGGCAAUCCACCAGAUGACAUAACGACGGCCAUUUACUCCGGUUUCCAUCGUCUGGUCUGGUCAGUGGGCCUCGUCUGGCCCACGUUUGCCUGCGCCACAGGUCGAGGAGGUUUGCUGAACGCCUUCUUCUCGUGGAAACCAUUCUUGCCAUUGUCUAGGCUCGUUUAUUGUGUCUACCUCAUUCAUGUGCCUCUCAUAUACCUUCGCAUGGGAAUUAUAAAAACGCACAUCAACUUCAACGAGUUCUUUCAGCUCACCACUGCCAUCGGCCUGUUAGGCAUGAGCUUGUUCCUGGCAUACCUUCUGUACCUGUCCACGGAGGCUCCCGUGGCACGCUUCGAGAAGCUAAUAUUCGAGGGAAAAAGGAAGGAUGCUCUCAUGAACAGUGUCAAGAAAUCUGCAGCUGCUCCGCAUUCAAAAGUGGCCAUUGUUGAGGUCGAAACCAGAACGGUUCCUCUGACGGACAAUUUCAACAACAACCCACAGAAAAACCCGGAAAUUACGCUCACCAUGGAGGAAGAUGCGAAGAAGCUGACAAUGAAUGCAGGUGGCGUCGACAACCACGCUUUCCAGACUGACCCUGAAAAGUCAAAGCUCAAAGAUUCAAAGAGAGGGAGGAAGGAACCUCAAGGAUGUCGAACAGAUGCACGCAUGGUUGGCUACAAUGCUCUGAGGGAGGGUCGCUUCAGCCCCUUGAUAGCCACGGCGGACACGAAGAGUGGAAGACAGAGCGUGCGUAUCGGUAUUUGCACGCCGUCUGCCUGCACAGUCGCUGACCUGAACGCACUGGUCUCGGGUGCAAGCGCGAUGAACUUGAUAGGUAGCAACAGGCUUCCUCUGCUUGGAUACAUGGUCGCCCACUUUAUCGCUUCUAGUGAAUGCGUCGAUGAUACCACAACCACCGUGGCUGGAGCGCCGAUUGACAGCGAGGCAAGCACGCGCAGCUUUGAGGCCGACGUGGACGAUGCCCUCACUCUGCUUUCCCGGAAGGCGCUGCCACUGGUCUCGGAGUUGUUGACGAGUGGGGAGGUCGGCGCUGCCUGUUCUUCGAGUCUCAUCAAGCUCUUCCUGCAUCUAAGGCUCAAGGAACCAUGGGCGAUCCGCAUGGUGACCGCCAAUGGCCUGGUGCCGACCAACCUGCUCGAGGGCAGCCUGGUGAGUUUGGGAGGCUACGAGCAGUGCCUCAAGACCCGCUUUCAUGACUACCAGGGCGAGCUACUCUUCAAAGGCCGCUACUGCUCGCUCUUCGCCCAAAUGCCCAAGGAAGCCAUGCGCAGCCUCGUGGAGCGUUUCCACGCCGCCGGCAUGUUACGCGGGCGGAAGGAUCCACUGACUGCGACUACGGACACCGGUUUUCACAGCAUCGACUUUAGAGUUGGGAUAUGCCUGCCUUCACUGUGCUCACACUCUGAAAUAGAUUAUUUGUUUAGUUCAAUUAUGAAGUUAUACGGAGUGAAUGCCACGGUUCGUGGUUGCAGAACUGAUGAUCCAAAGUCCUUAACUAUACUCCAGGCCUGCUCCAUUGCGCUCUUCUGCUCUCUAGCACUACUUUUAUGCGCUGGAACAAUCGCAGAGUGGUAUGUGAAGCCAUUAGGCCACACGAAACCCAGUAAAAAGGCUGAAGCUUUUCCCUUCAAGUUCUUGUGCUGGUUCUCUGUCAUUUCGAACACCCAACGCCUCUUCAAUGCCAGCCAAUAUAAAGGAACCCCACGCGAAAAUUUGCUCUUCUUCAGCGGAGCCAAACUGAUCCUGUGCUUCUGGGUGGUUUUCUUUCACUCUUACACGCUGAUUCAACCCGAGUUCUACCAUUCCGGCUUCAAGAUAUUUGACAUGGGAGACCGGGUGUAUUUUCAGUUAAUAACAAAUGCUUUUUUGUCAAUUUCCAGCCUCUUCUUCAUUCAAGGAUUUACGUUUUCGUACCUCGUUAAUGUGGGCCACGAAGCGCUUCCUGCAACAAAGUGCUUGCGUUCUUACUUGCUGAUUCUAGUUCAUCGGUACAUCAGACUGACUGUCCCCGUUGUGAUUGUGGUGUUCUUCGCAUUCCUGCUUCCCACCAUGGGUGAAGGGCCCGCUGACCAAGAACUCUUUUCGAAACAAAUCGGCAGGUGUGCAGAAAAAUGGUGGACGGUAAUCACGCACACGAACAACUUCAACGCGCUCAAUGAAACCUGUUUAGUACACCUUUGGUACGUCAGCACAGAGAUGCAGCUCUUCACCCUCACGCUGCCAUUCACCAUGCUUCUGCCUAGAUUUCCGAAAACAACUGUGACCGUGCUGCUGUUGACUGGAGUUACCUGCAGCACUUACACGGCCUUCCGCACAUUCUUUACGAAUCUGCUUUACGGCAUGACAACUGGCACGAACGAUGGACGGCGCAUCUUCAAAACUAUAGAGUUGAUUUAUUUUAGACCAAUAACCCACGUGGCGACGUACGUAAGUGGAAUCCUGGCAGGGUACCUGGCUGUGAGAUACAAGGAAGUCACCAUAUCUGGUAUCACUCAAGCAUUGCUCUGGCUGAUGUCAGCCGCAGUCAUGAGCUUCAUUUUAUUCAUCACAUUGCCAUGGAAUCGGGGGCACUUACCGGACCCCAUCACCAAUGCUAUAUACGGAGGAUACCACCGGCUCCUAUGGUCACUGUCACUAUGCUGGCCGGCUUACGCCUGCGCUACGGGCUGUGGAGGCAUGAUAGCCCGGAUGUCAUCGUGGAAAGGGUUCGUGCCCCUCGCUAGGCUCACGCAAGGUGUGUACCUACUUCAAGGCGUGUUCCUUCUUCUUCGGAUGGCGCUCGUAAAGACACGCUUCAACUUGGACGACUUUUUUCAGCUUACGAACACGCUGGGAAUCAUAGGCAUCAGUUACUGCUUCGCAUACCUGCUCUUUCUUCUGUGUGAUGCGCCCAUCGAAAAUGUUUAUGAGCACAUUUUCGGCAACAAAGUUCCUGAAACUUCCCAGCCUACAAUGUCCACUCCCAGGCCACUACAGACAAGUGACCAAAUCCGACGGCUUCCCUGGUCAUUAAAUGCCCUCCUGUCCUCAAGAAUCUUCCAAGUGCUUGGACGACUCGUGUAUGGCACGUAUUUAAUUCAUUUUCCUUUGCUGUUAGUCCGCAUCGGAAUCAUCAAGACACCCCUUCAAGCCGAGGAAUUUUUCCAGACGCUGGAAUUUAUUGGCAUCACCGUGCUGAGCAUGACGCUCGCGGUGCUCCUGAACAUCACCUGCGAGUCCCCCAUCGACACACUGGACAGAAUGCUUUUUCGCUCUGUCGACAAGCGAAUUAUCAAAGAGCUCAACAACACGGAGGCUUCGAAGAAGCCGCCCUUGCCGGAGAUCGUCGAGAACAAACACGAGAAGUCUCGUCUGUAA